AUGACUGCGUCUACCGAGGCUGCGGCCCCGACCGCGCCGCAGCAGGCAGCAAAGACGAAUGGGGGGAAGACGGAGAUUAAGAUACUUAUGCUCCAUGGCUACACACAAUCCGGGCCCCUCUUCCACGCCAAGACCCGCGCCCUCGAGAAACUCCUCAUCAAGACCCUCGCCCCCUCGGCCCUUCUCCCCACCCUCAUCUACCCCACGGGCCCGAACCGCCUGCUCCCCAGCGACAUCCCCGGCUACCAACCGCCCUCCACCGGCGACGGUGAGGGAGGCGAAGCGCUGGCGCCGCCCGACGCGUGGGCGUGGUGGCGCAAGGACGACGCCACGGGCACGUACCGCUUCUUCGACGAGGGCAUGGCCACCGUCGCCAGCGCCAUCCGCGAGGCCGGCGGCGUGGAUGCCAUCUGCGGCUUCAGCCAGGGCGGCGCCGUAACGGGCGUCGUUGCCGCGGCCCUCGAGCCCGGGAGGAAGGCACCUGAGGGGCCCGAGGGGGAUUGGGUGCGUGCGCUGCGCGAGGCCAACGGCGAGCGGGCGCUGCGUUUCGCGGUCUCGUACUCGGGCUUUUAUGCCCCUGUGGAGCGGCUCGCGUUCUGUUACGAGCCCGAGAUCAAGACACCCACGCUGCAUUAUAUUGGUAGCCUGGACACCGUCGUUGACGAGAGCCGGAGUCAGGCGCUCGUUGACCGCUGCGUGGAACCCCUCGUCAUUGUGCAUCCCGGUGGUCACCACGUUCCCGUUUCUAAAGAAUGGGCCAUGCCACUCGCUGGCUUCAUCAAGCAACACGCGUCGACCCCCCAGCCCAAGGCAGGGCUAUGA